AUGGCGAACCCGGAAUACAGCGAGCAUCUUACUGAGAUCAACGGCGAGAAGAUUGGGUAUUCUCGCUACGGACAUGGUCCCAUUAAUAUGCUUACGAUUUGCGGGGGAGUUGGGAGCUACGCAAAGGACUGGCCCCUGACGACGAUGGAGCAUUUUGACCCCGAACAGUACACCAUUAUUAGCAUCGAUCCACCGGGCUACGGCAAAUCCCGACCGCCAGACCGUGUCCAGAACGUUUUCCGCUGCCAAAAGGAUGCUGUCGUCUGCUUGAAGUUGAUGAAGGACCUCGAGCUCCUCCCGUUCACUUCCGUCGGCUGGAGUGAGGGAUCAAGGACGGCGCUUCAUCUGGCUGCUUCUGGGCUUCAGAAUGUGGAUCGUUGCGUAGCCAUGGCCGCCACCACGCGAAUCGAGAAGCGAGCUGUUGAGGUGACGAAAGGGAUGAAGAAUACCGAUUUGUGGUUACCUGCUGAUCGAGAACCGUAUUUGAAGCAUUGCACCCCCGAAUUUUUCAAGAAGCAAUGGGCGGCGAUUAUGGACACUGCUGAGGAAUGCUAUAACAUGCUGGGCGGACGUUUUCCAUGUGAUGCUCUGCUCCCGAGAAUCCAUUGCCCUGUACUGCUUCUGAAUGGAGGACACGACUGGUUCCACGGAGACCAGAAGGAGAUCAUGUCCCGGAUUAAGGAUUGCCGAAUGGACACCCAGCACCAGGGAGGUCACGAUUUCCACCUCAAAUACCCGAAAUGGACCACCGAUCGCAUCCAGCGAUUCGUCAACGAGACCACCAAAAAGGAG